CUCCAGGAGACUCAGCACUGCCCUGUUCCUUCCUAACCUGAGUCAGGACUGAGCAGAGAAUCUUCCACCACACACAGCAGGCACUAUCUGCCACAGUUCCUUUCCCUGAUAGCUUCAAAUUCUCUGCCUUUUGAAAUAAGCCUAUUUUUAACUGGAACAAAUAAUUGGUCAAUCUGUACCUCAGGUGAAGAGGAGUGAAGCCUCUGCAAACACUUAGGAACAAACUGUAAAAACCAAAAGCAUUUGUGUAACCUGUUCAAUAAGCUUGCUGGACUUUGUCCCUAUGUAUGAGUUAGGCAAUUCUUUCAGCUAGUUUGAGUGACACGCUGACCAGUGAAGCGCAGUGAAGCGGUGGGAACCAGAAUAUCCAAAGAGUGAUUUGAAGGAGAAAGAAGCAUUGUGGCUUUAUAUCCUCUGGGCCUGGGUUUCCUGAAGUCAUCAUACAUAGAAGACAGAAAAAAUGGCUGAGUUAAAGUACAUUUCUGGAUUUGGGAAUGAGUGUGCUUCAGAGGAUCCUCGCUGCCCAGGUUCCCUGCCAGAAGGACAGAAUAAUCCUCAGGUCUGCCCCUACAAUCUCUACGCUGAGCAGCUCUCAGGAUCGGCUUUCACUUGUCCACGGAGCACCAAUAAGAGAAGCUGGCUGUAUAGGAUUCUACCUUCAGUUUCUCACAAACCCUUUGAAUCCAUUGACGAAGGCCAUGUCACUCACAACUGGGAUGAAGUUGAUCCUGAUCCUAACCAGCUUAGAUGGAAACCAUUUGAGAUUCCAAAAGCAUCUCAGAAGAAAGUAGACUUUGUGAGUGGCCUGCACACCUUGUGUGGAGCUGGAGACAUAAAGUCUAACAAUGGGCUUGCUAUCCACAUUUUCCUCUGCAAUACCUCCAUGGAGAACAGAUGCUUUUACAAUUCAGAUGGGGACUUCUUGAUUGUUCCCCAGAAAGGGAACCUUCUCAUUUACACUGAGUUUGGCAAGAUGCUUGUACAGCCCAAUGAGAUCUGCGUCAUUCAGAGAGGAAUGCGGUUCAGCAUAGAUGUCUUUGAGGAGACCAGGGGCUACCUCUUGGAGGUCUACGGUGUCCACUUUGAGUUACCUGACCUUGGACCAAUUGGGGCCAAUGGCUUGGCCAAUCCUCGUGAUUUCUUGAUACCCGUUGCCUGGUAUGAGGAUCGCCAAGUACCAGGUGGUUACACUGUCAUUAAUAAAUACCAGGGCAAGCUGUUUGCUGCCAAACAGGAUGUCUCCCCAUUCAAUGUUGUGGCCUGGCACGGGAAUUAUACACCCUACAAGUACAACCUGAAGAAUUUCAUGGUUAUCAACUCAGUGGCCUUUGACCAUGCAGACCCAUCCAUUUUCACAGUGUUGACUGCCAAGUCUGUCCGCCCUGGAGUGGCCAUCGCUGAUUUUGUCAUCUUCCCACCUCGAUGGGGGGUUGCUGAUAAGACCUUCAGGCCUCCUUAUUACCAUAGGAACUGCAUGAGUGAGUUCAUGGGACUCAUCCGAGGUCACUAUGAGGCAAAGCAAGGUGGGUUCUUGCCAGGUGGAGGCAGUCUGCACAGCACAAUGACCCCCCAUGGACCUGAUGCUGACUGCUUUGAGAAGGCCAGCAAGGCCAAGCUGGCACCUGAGAGGAUUGCCGAUGGCACUAUGGCAUUUAUGUUUGAAUCAUCUCUAAGUCUAGCGGUCACCAAGUGGGGACUCAAGGCCUCCAAGUGUUUGGAUGAGAACUACUACAAGUGCUGGGAGCCACUCAAGAGCCACUUCACUCCCAAUUCCAGGAACCCAGCAGAACCUAAUUGAGACUGGAACACUGCUACCAUAAUUAAGAGUAGAUUUGUGAAGGUUUCUUCAGAAUCUUAUGCUUUCUGGUAGUAUUGGGAGCGGGGGUUGGUUAAAAUGAAAACUCACUUUUCAUAGUCAAGUAACUCAGAACUUUUGCGGAAACGGAUUUGCAAAGUUCUAUGGCUGUCACCUUAAUUACUCAAUAAACUUGCUGGUGUUCUGUGGAAGUA